CAAUCAGCUGUGGUCACAUUACGCUGCAUGUUAUGCAAAAGGCGUCGUGAAAUUUUGACUGGCAGAUUUCCUAUUUUAUUAACAAAUUACUAAAGCCAGCCAACAUGGCGACGGCCGUGCCGCAUGUGCCCCCAAAACAGGACCUUCCACCACCCGGUGGAUACAAGAAGAUUCCCUUUGCUCGCGUGCCACCCAAGAGCUAUUUCACUGGCUUUACCAUGAUUGGAGCCUAUGUGGCCGUCACCACAGUGGGUCUGGGCAUCUAUUAUUUGACAGCCAAAAAAGUCAAGCGCGACGAAAUCGAAAUGCGCUCGGCUCAGAAUGUCAUUUUCCCAAUAUUGAUUGCGGAGCGCGAUCGUGAAUUUCUGCGUCAGCUGCGUCGCAAUCGCGACGAGGAGGCUGAACUCAUGAAGAACGUGCCCGGCUGGGAGGUGGGCACCUGGUAUGGUGAGCCCGUGUUCAAGACACUGCCAGAGGACACACUAGUCACGCCCAUAUUCAAGGAGUUCUAUGCCCAUUCUGAUUGGAAAUCUUAUGCUAAACGUGCCCAUCUGAAGCUCUGGUCGUAAGCGAAUGUGGAAGAGGAGGAGGAGCAGGAGACUGGGAGUAGCAGCUACUGCUGCUGCCGCUCCUACCUCCUGUCGUCAGUUUAAAUUAGUUAAUGCACAUUAUAUUAAAAAAAAAACAACAAUUUUGUUUGUAGCUGCGGCGCCUCAGCGCACGUCUGAAAUCAAUAAUACACCGAAUGCGCUCUGCAUUGGUUAAUGUACAAUAA